UCUGAGCCUAGACCAGACCUUCAGCAACCCACUGGAUGCUCAAGAAAGGGAGAGAGACCUGAACCAUUGAGUGGCAAGCAGCAAUACCCAAGAGAUUUGAUCUCCAUCUCUAGCCUAACAUGUCUAAGAAAAGCAAUAUCACAACAACAGGGCCACCCACAGUCGAUGUGGGGUCAGAGGUUGUGGCUGUGAGGAGUAACAAGGUGGUGCUGGGUGCUACCAUCAGUCCAGCAGAGAUUGUCAUCUCUAAUGGCAAGAUAGUUGAUAUUCUACCAAAGCGAAAUUGGCUCCGACCUAGUGGAGAGAAGGUGCUAGAUGUUGGAGACCUUGUGGUCAUGCCAGGGAUUAUAGACCCUCAUGUGCACAUAUGUGAACCUGGACACUUGGCUUGUGAAGGAUUUACAUCAGUGACUAAGGCUGCAGCUGCAGGAGGCAUCACCACCAUUGUUGACAUGCCACUAUAUAGUUGUCCUCCAACCACAACUUUGGCUGGCUUGGACAGCAAGCUGCUGGCUGCCAAGGGGCAGUGCCAUAUUAAUGUUGCUUUUUGGGGUGGCAUCAUUCCUGGAAAUCAGGCCGAGCUCCUGCCAAUGCUGAAAGCUGGUGUCCCUGGAUUCCUGUGCUUCCUCAUGGCCACUGGUGUGGAGGAUUUUUCCUAUGUAUGUCUGCAGGACUUACAUGUGGCAAUGCAAGAACUGCAAAACACAGACUGUGUUCUCCUGUUCCAUGCUGAACAGGAGCCAAACAAGUGGACACCUGUACUAGAGGAUGCCACAGAGUACAGCACAUUCUUGGAUACACACCCUGAUACUAUGGAAGUGGAAGCCACCCUCACCAUUGCUGAACUCUGUCUCCAGUACAAGGUGCCAUGCCACAUCAUUCACCUGUCUUCUGCUCAAGCCUUGCCCAUUAUCAAGGAUGCUCGUCAAAGAGGAGCACCAAUCACUGUAGAAACCACCCACCACUACCUCAACCUGUCAUCUGAAUGCAUUCCUCCAGGGGGCACAUACUACAAAUGCUGCCCUCCUAUCAGGGAGAAGAGUAACCAGGAGCAGCUGUGGUCAGCUUUGCAGGAAGGGGAAAUAGACAUGGUUGUCUCAGCCCACACUCCAUGUUCCCCAGAGACAAAAGAUGUGAGCAGUGGCGAUUUCUUCAAAGCCCAAGAAGGGAUUGCUUCACUACAGUUUGGUCUCCCUCUCUUCUGGACUUCUGCCAAACUCAGAGGGUUUUCUUUACAUGAUCUAGUGCAACUGCUGUGCAAAAAUCCCGCUGUUCUGAGCAGACUGGAAGACCGUAAAGGGUCACUUGCCCCAGGAAUGGAUGCAGAUUUAGCAAUUUGGAACCCAGACAAGGAGUUUGAGGUGACUAAAGAUAUCAUUCAUCAUAGGCAUAAGCUGACACCGUACUUGGGCUUCCAGCUUCGUGGUGAGGUCUUUGCAACUCUUGUGAAUGGCAGGCUGGCUUACCUAAAUGGGAAAUUUGCACCCAAACCACAAGGAGACCUGCUUGGAACGCUAAGAAAAAUGCCAACUCAAGUAGCUUCUCCUUAUUACUAGUGGGUGAAAAAGUGAGAGCAGUAAGUACCUAAAGACUAAAGAAAAAUGCAGGCUUCAGGACGACAUGGAGUGGCAAAGAAUGACAAGGAACAUAAAAAAAUCCAUCCUAUAACCCAAACUGCGGUUGGCUCAUAAUGAGGACAGCUACAGAGAACUCAGAUAUUGCAACAGCUGAUAUAUAAAUAAAUGAGUCUACAGUGUUAACUGAUGUGUCAGUUAUAUACAAAAAUGGAACCAACAUUCGGUUAAAAAUUCUUCUUUCUUAAUCUCCAGUAAGAUAAAUAAAGGUACUCAAAACCAGUGGAGAACCCUGCCCUGAAAUAUAUUGAGUGUUUUUUUUCUUUUGUUGCUGCUUAAUCUCAAAGAAUUUCUUAUGCACAUUAUCAAAUCUAGCAUAUCCCAAUUAUUUCAGUGAGCAGGAUAGUAAUU